AUGAGGAUCGCCUGUCUUCAGUUUGCGCCGCAGGUCGGGGAUGUGGACAAUAAUCUCAACCGGGCGGAUGCGAUUUUAAGUCGUGUAGAUCCCGAGGCUCUUGAUCUGCUGGUCUUGCCGGAGCUGGCAUUUUCGGGAUACAACUUCAAGUCUUUGGGCGAUAUAUCGCAGUUCCUCGAACCCUCAGUUUCUGGCAUCAGCUCCUUGUGGGCCCGAACUACCGCCUUGAAAUACGACUGUACCGUCAUCGCUGGCUAUCCUGAAAAGGUCGACCCGACUUUUAAGUGGCCGACAAACCCGGAGUAUUACAAUGCAGCCAUUAUUGUCAACGGUGAGGGAGAGACGGUGGCCAACUACCGAAAGACUCACCUGUACUACACGGACGAAACAUGGGCUCUGGAAGGGCCGGCCGGAUUCUUUGGCGAGAGACUGGAUGGUCUGGGACCUACUGCUAUCGGAAUUUGCAUGGACCUCAACCCGUACAAAUUUGAGGCACCGUGGGAUAAGUUCGAGUUUGCCCAGCAUGUUUUAGACUGCGGAGCUCGUCUGGUUGUGAUAUCCAUGGCUUGGAUAACCAAUGACGAUCCCCGCCAGUUUAGUCGUAUGCCUCAAGAACCAGACAUGAACACUCUGCUCUAUUGGGUUUCCCGCCUUGAACCAAUAAUAAGAGCAGAGUCCACCGAGGAGGUUAUAGUAGUGUUUGCGAAUCGUACUGGCAUGGAGGGGGAAGUCACAUAUGCUGGCACCAGUGCUGUCAUCGGCAUCGAAUCUGGCGAAGUUCGAGUAUACGGAAUCCUCGGCCGCGGCGACAAAGAGCUGCUUGUUGUCGAUACUGAUGAAGCUCCAUAUGCCAAAUUAGUAUAUCGCCCUGGAGAGAACGACCCUGAAGUCGAGGCUGGGGAGCCAGAGGAAAACGACCACCGUGCGGACUACGAGAACUAUCGCUCUCAGCAUCCUCAAGGCCGAAAAGAGUCUGAAGAUCCACCCUCGAGCGGCCGUCAGAGGUUCCAAGGCGAAUCCGACGCCACCCAAGGGAAGAAUCUGUCUGCCGAGUACAGCAGAAACACUUCGUUCAGUCAACCUCGCUCAGAUCCGGCCGCGAGACAUGGUCUAGAGGGUUCGGAUAUUCAUACACCAACAGCUCCGAGUCCAACGCCUCAUUCGCUCCGGCCCAGGCUCAUGGUUUCAACAAAUCACCCCAACAGCCAGAGACAUCUGAAUGGACCUUCUCCUGCAUCAUAUUCGGCAAACGCUAGCAGUGGGCCUUUCAAAAUUCUGGGGGGAGAGGCCAGUUUCCAUGGGUCAAAUGUCAAUGCUGAACUAUCUCCAUGGGCGGCGUCCGAGUCGCCUUUCGAGUCGUCCCGAGUUUGCUGGCCAUCUGCGCUGAUUUCCCCAGCUGAAGUGCCUGAUUCAAGAUGGGCAUUUCCAGAUGAAGAGGAUGAUCUUAUCGCCUCGGAAGGUUCGGCACUCGCGAACCAGGAAAAUCGCUAUAGCAUCAGGUCUGAUGUUUCUGUGUGGAACAACCAGCCGGGUCGUCCACCGAGCAUUGCCAACCACAUGAUCAACCGGUCCACAUCACCUCAUGAGACAUCGCUGGUCCGAAUUCGUCCCGAUGCCCCUGAACGAAUAUCGCCAAUGAAUAACCUCGCUGAUGCCUCGAGACAAGAGUCUCUCCCAAUGCACCCUUACUCCUUAGAGUCUCGGCACAGAAAUCGAUCUCGUGGUCAUGAGAGAUCAAGGUCAGACGUCGUAGGCAAGAACGAGCUUGGAGUUGUCUGCCAAAGACGGCAAGACAUGGCCAUGUUCGCCGACGUACCUCAGCAACAACACUUCUCCUUCAAUGGCAACCGAGACCGUUCAAAGUCUAACUCUGGACAUCAAGUCUCGAGAAGUCGGAGCAAGAGCCGGAGCAAGAGCCGGAGCCGGAGACCAAUCCCAAUGCUACAAGACCAUGGCUAUGACCGCCGCAAAAUGACUGCUUCGAUACCAAUAGCCCUCAGCCCGGAUCCCGCCAAUUCUGCGGACUCGAGAGACUCGAGUAAUACGAGUAGACAGCGGCGGUCCAACCCUGCGCCCCAAGAUCCGCCAAUUCUACGGCCCGUUUCAAGCGGUCGUAUCAGACAAAGGAGUAGCUCCAAAGGGAGAAUUGGUGACCAGCCUCCAUCUAGAAACGCCUUCAUGCAGCGCGAAAUAAGGUCCAACACACCUGCCAAACUUGUCGACAGAGGAACAAGCCGUGGUCGUCGGCGCGAGGAUAGACCCGCCACGGACCAACAAGCUGCCACGCCUGGAAGCCGCGAACGGCGCAACAGCGCAAACAACAGCCGAAACCGUCACCCCGAGACCGUAGACCUAUCUCAGUUCGCACUUAUCGAAGAGUACACCGCGCCCAAUUGUCCCGUUCACGGCUCCCGAUCCCGCUCCAGAACCGGGCAGCAGAGCCACCAACCCGGGAACAAUAGGCCAGCAACUACUACGCCGGCUCGCCCUCCCGCCCAGCCAGAGAGAGUAGGAAGGCGGUCGACACAAAAUACACCACGACCAGCGAGCAGGAAGGACGCACCGGAGGUUGCCACGCGGUCGCCCAAGCCUCAGGUGUCGCCGAAGCUGGAUGGGAAGAAUUCCAAAACUCUAAAGACAUCGAGCUCUGCAGCUACCAGGUCAAGGAUUCGUGACACUGCCCACAAGUCAUCUGAUGUAGUGAAGACGAUGGUUCCCGAAUCACUUAACCUCAAAGCACCGCAGGGUCCAAAGACACCCAAGGCCAUGGUCCUUGUGAGCGACGGCAAGAUAGACCCACUGGAGCUCAUGGCGUCGUUGAGAUGUGUGGAACGGUCGCUUGCCAAGUCUAUAAAUCGGCCGCGGAGCGCAAUUUGGUAG